AUGUCUCGUGAAUUUGAUAUGACAGAUAUGGGACUCAUGUCAUAUUACUUGGGAAUGGAAGUGAAGCAAACGGAGAAUGGUAUCUUUGUCUCACAAGAAAGGUACACAAAAGAAGUGUUGAAGAAAUUUAAUAUGCUUGAUUGCAAUCCUGUGAACACACCUAUGGAAGGUGGCUUGAAGUUAUCAAAGUUUGAUGAAGGAGAGAAGGUAGACUCCACGAUCUUCAAGAGUCUUGUGGGGAGUUUAAGGUAUCUAACCAAUACAAGGCCCGAUAUUCUAUAUGCGGUGGGAGUUGUGUGUCGCUUUAUGGAGGCUCCUACCUCUCCUCAUCUAAAAGCCGCAAAAAGAAUUCUUCGUUACUUGAAAGGUACAAUUGAUUUUGGAUUGUUUUAUUCUCCCUCCAAUAACUAUAAGCUUGUGGGAUUUUGUGAUAGUGAUUUUGCCGGAGAUGUUGAUGAUAGAAAAAGUACUACCGGAUUUGUAUUUUUUAUGGGUGAUUGUGUUUUUACAUGGAGUUCUAAGAAGCAAGGCAUUGUGACACUUUCUACUUGUGAAGCCGAGUAUGUAGCUGCAACUUCUUGCACAUGUCAUGCCAUUUGGCUAAGAAGAUUGUUGGAGGAACUUCAGUUGUUACAAAAGGAAAGCACAAAGAUCUAUGUUGAUAAUAGAUCUGCACAAGAGCUUGCCAAGAAUCCGGUGUUCCAUGAACGAAGUAAGCAUAUAGAUACAAGGUAUCAUUUCAUUAGAGAGUGCAUUGCCAAGAAAGAAGUAGAAUUGACUCAUGUGAAAACUCAAGAUCAAGUUGCGGAUAUUUUCACCAAGCCUGUCAAAUUUGAAGAUUUUCGAAGAUUGCGAGCAAGACUUGGUAUGAUUUGCUCCAUGGUUGAACUCACUGUUCAACAGGUGGAGAAGUUGAGGGAAAUGAGUCCACUUUAUGAAUUUGUCAAGGAAGGUAUCAACAUCAAGGACAUUCAAUGGGCACAGCACUGA